UCCCAUCAUAGGGAUCAGGGCAUAUAAAUGUACAUGCACUCUCCCUCGUCAACCCCGAUCGUAAUCUGGUUGCUUGCUAGCUAACACCAGAGCUCACUCAUAGCGAGAGAAAGAAAGUGAGAAAGAGGAAAGCAGCCCCGAGCACACGAGCGCCAGGGGACACCCCCAAACAGCAGCAAAGACCAGACCUACGCCGUCGCUCAGGCGCACCCAAUACCUUUUCAAGAGUGCAUCAUUUCUUUUGGCACCAUGUCGAGCAACGUCGAGAUUGGAAAGUCCCGGAACGCGGACCUCACCGCACCGACACCUCAAAACACUCCACUCAACACCGCCCCCCUCACCAGGGAAACCCUGUCCAGGCCAACUGUCGGUACCAUCAGCGAAGACAAGGAGGCUGAUGACCAUGCUGGCGCUGCCGCCUCGGUUCUGGCUGCGAACCCAGCCUUGGCUGGGUUGAUCCAGAGCAAGCUCAACACGCUCGUUGGCCGCUCCUCUGGCUACGUCGAGUUGCUGCCAGACUACGUCAAGCGUCGCGUCGAGGGCCUCAAGGGCCUGCAGGUCGAGCACCAAAAGAUCGAGGCUGACUUCCAGAAGGAGAUUCUCCAGCUCGAGAAGAAGUAUGCUGCACGAUACGCUCCGCUGUACGAGAAGCGUGCCAGCAUCAUCGCAGGCAAGCAGGAGCCCACCACCGAGGAGGUCAAGGCUGGCGAGGCGUCCGAAGCUGACGACGAGGAGGCCGAGGACGAGGACGAGGAGGAAGGCGUAGAGGGACAGGAAGCACCAAAGAAGUCACUCGUCGACGUGCCCGCUCCGGCAGAUGGCCAGAAGGGUAUCCCCGAGUUCUGGUUGACAGCGCUGCGCAACCACGUCGCGCUGAACGAGCUAAUCACUGACCGGGACGAGGAGGCACUCAAAGCGCUGGACGACAUCAAGAUGAUCCACCUUCCUGACGGCCAGUCCGGAUUCAAGCUCGAGUUCCACUUUGACCCUUCGCGUAACGACUUCUUCUCCGACGAGGUGCUCACCAAGACGUACUUCUACCAGGAUGAGGUGGGAUACUCGGGCGACCUCGUCUACGACCACGCUGACGGUUGCACGAUUCACUGGAAAGAGGACAAGGACCUGACGCACAAGAUCGAGACUAAGAAGCAGCGCAACAAGAACACCAACCAGACGCGCACCGUCAAGCGCUCCGUUCCCGUCGAGUCGUUCUUCAACUUCUUCUCUCCGCCCAAGCCACCCUCGGCACACGAUGGCGGCGAGCUCGACGUCGAGGACGAGGCGGAGAUUGACGAGCUCGAGGAGCGCCUCGAGCUCGACUACCAGAUCGGCGAGGACCUCAAGGACCGCAUCAUUCCCCACGCCAUCGACUUCUUCACCGGUAAGGCGCUCCAGUACGAGGACAUGGAGGGCCUUGAUGACGACUUUGAGGAUGAGGAUGAGGACGAGGAUGACGAUGAUGACGAAGACCAGGACCACACCACACGCCGUCUCGGCGCCAGUGCAGGCUCGCAGAUGGCUGGCUCGGCUGACGCCGAGCAAUGCCGGCAACAAUAAGCGCGUGCGUGCGUGCACCCGCCCCCAUCCUCAUGACGCUUGUGCUGGAGUUGGGCCCCUCCUACGAUACCUGGCCUCCCCCCUUUCCUCCGAAUGCACCAAGGAACUUGGCUUGUCGUCAUCACAACCGAACCAACAUUUCGCGCCGCGCAUGUGUUGUUUCAGCUUCCAUGUAUCACCCAUCUUCUCCGCGUCUUCCAGUAUCAACCUAUCAGCGAGCGCGAUUGCAUGCGUGCACCCGCAGGAACG